ACAGUGGGCGGGUCCAGCGCUGCUCUUCCGGUGGAGACGUGGCUCUGCACUGCUGCCAUAUUGACGCUAGCUAGCUAACAAUCACACAACUUGAAGUCAGCUGUAUAUUCGCACCCUGCUAUUCCGGAGGGACGAGAAAUCAUCAAGGCAAGAAACACGAGAGACGGAAGAUCGUCGUACCAUAGAGAGAGACCAAAAUGGUGCUGUUGGCAGCGGCGGUGUGCACCAAGGCCGGCAAGGCCAUUGUAUCGCGGCAGUUUGUGGAAAUGACCCGGACGCGCAUCGAGGGUCUCCUGGCUGCGUUCCCUAAACUGAUGAACACGGGCAAGCAGCACACCUUUGUGGAAACAGACAGUGUUCGCUAUGUGUACCAGCCACUGGAGAAACUCUACAUGGUCCUCAUCACCACCAAGAACAGCAACAUCCUGGAGGACCUGGAGACACUCAGACUCUUCUCCCGCGUGAUCCCAGAAUACUGUCGUGUGCUGGAGGAGAGCGAAAUAUCCGAGCACUGUUUCGACCUGAUCUUUGCCUUCGAUGAGAUUGUGGCACUAGGCUACAGAGAGAACGUCAACCUGGCUCAGAUCCGCACCUUCACAGAGAUGGACUCCCACGAGGAGAAGGUUUUCCGUGCUGUCAGAGAGACUCAGGAAAGAGAGGCCAAGGCAGAGAUGAGGAGGAAGGCCAAGGAGCUGCAGCAGGCUAGGAGGGAUGCCGAGCGCUCCGGAAAGAAGGUGCCAGCCUUUGGCGGCUUCGGCAGCGCCGGCAUGACCAGCGUCUCCUCAGGGUCCAUCAUCACAGACACUAUUGUUGAGCCCGAGAAGCCCAAGAUCACAGCAGCUCCAGUCAGACCAAGUGGACCCAGUAAGGCUCUGAAACUGGGUGCUAAGGGGAAAGAGGUGGAUAACUUUGUUGACAAGCUCAAGUCCGAGGGUGAAACCAUCAUGCCCACCACAGGAAAGAGGGGCUCAGAUGUAUCUAAAGCUCUACCACCACCAGUCAAUGUGGAGAGUGUACAUCUGCGCGUGGAGGAAAAGAUCUCGCUGACUUGUGGCCGUGACGGCGGCCUACAGAACAUGGAGGUGCUGGGUAUGGUGACACUCCGAGUCACAGACGACAAGAACGGACGCAUCCGCCUCAUCAUCAACAAUAAUGACAACAAAGGAUUGCAGCUGCAAACACAUCCCAAUGUGGACAAGAAGUUGUUCACAGCUGACUCAGUGAUUGGCCUGAAGAACCCAGAGAAGUCCUUCCCUCUCAACAAUGAUGUUGGUGUGCUGAAGUGGAGACUACAGACCACAGACGAGUCCCUCAUACCUCUAACCAUAAACUGCUGGCCUUCAGAGAGCGGUACUGGCUGUGAUGUCAACAUUGAAUACGAGCUGCAGGAGGAGAGCCUCGAGCUCAACGACGUGGUGAUCAGCAUCCCAGUACCGUCUGGUGUGGGAGCCCCUGUGAUUGGUGAUCUGGAUGGAGAGUACAAACAUGACAGCAGGCGAAACGUCCUGGAGUGGUGCCUACCUGUCAUCGAUGCCAACAACAAGACCGGCAGCCUGGAGUUCAGCAUCGCCGGACAGCCCAAUGAUUUCUUCCCUAUCAAUGUGUCCUUUGUGUCCAAGCGCAACUACUGCGACAUCCAGGUUACCAAAGUGACUCACGUAGAUGGCGACAGCUCCGUUAGAUUCUCUUCAGAAACCUCCUUUGUUGUCGACAAAUACGAAAUCCUGUAAAAAAAUAUUCAGAGAAAACGUCAAAAUCAAAAAAUCACCAACAAAAAAAAGUCCAAAUCUAUGCUACAGAGAAAGAUUGAAGAUUUCUUGCCUGCCCACCCUGUAUACUAUUUCAGAGACUGUGUACAUCGACAGGACUACGUCAGCCCUCUGGCAAAGCCUCUUCCUGUGGUGGAGCAGAGCAGCGGUGGUGUAUUUAUAUGUUUGUAUGAGAGAGGAUCAUCUAUAUAUAGAGUUAAUUGAAACCAACAAACACACACAAAAGAAAAAAACUACACUGAUGCUGUUGUGUUCGCCAAGCAGAACUGUAAAGAGGACUUCAGACUAAGUAGAGGAUGACUGCGGGGGUGCAGGAGAGGCCAGCGGCCGUCUCCUCGUCCAUCUAUCAGUGAAACCCUGCCAGGAGGUAGAGAGGGAGAACAGGGACCUGAGGCCACUGCAUCAGUCUCCACUAGAGUGAGCGCUGCUAGUUUAGCAUCCCCUCCGAGAAUCAUGCAUCCUCUCCACAACCUUUUCUUCUUCACGCUCACGUUGCAAUGGUUCAAAGCCGUUCUUGAAUGGGGUUCUUGCUUUCUGUCUUUUCAGAUUCUCUUAUCCAUAAUAACUGCAGAAUUGUAGCUGUCAAUCAUUAUAAGCCUGUCACUCUUUAAUCGUUAAACUAUUGUGAUUUGCUCUAUCUCACUUCAGAUGAUUGUUUUUUUUUCUUUCUUGUGAGGACGCAUGAGUUUUAGUUUUUGUAGAGAGGUGAAAAGCCUGUGCUCAGUAUUAUUUGUCUGUUCUGUCUGAGGUUAUCAUCCAGCAACGUGUCCUUUUUAUUUUUAACUUGAUAUUUUUUACUGUUGCUGUA